GGUGCAGCAUGCGGUAGCAGGUGUGUGCUGUUGAACUUACCAGGGAACCAGUGAGAGAGAGAGCGAGAGAGAGAGAGUGACCGCAAGAUGGCCCUUUUCAAACUAGAGAAUGUGGAAGACCUCUACGAGAUAGGAGACCUACUGGGCAGUGGUCACUUUGGGCAGGUGCGGGAGGUGCGUGAGCGGGCCACGGGGAUUCUCUGGGCUGGGAAGUUUCUGAAGCUGCGGAAGAACGCCAGCAGCCGGCUGGGGCUGGAGAGGAAGAGCGUGGAGAGGGAGGUGGAGAUUCUGCAGGCCCUGCAGCACCACAACAUCAUGGCCCUGCGAGACGUGUUCGAGAGCAGGGCAGAGGUGGUGCUCAUUGUGGAGCUUAUCAGUGGCGGGGAGCUGUUUGACUUCAUCGCAGAGAAGGAGAAUCUGUCAGAGAAUGAGGCCAUUGAAUUCAUCAAGCAGAUCCUGCAAGGGGUGGGCUUCAUGCACAGCAAGCACAUCGCCCACUUUGACCUCAAGCCAGAGAACAUAAUGUUGUCAGACAAGCAUGUGGAACACCCACACAUCAAGAUCAUUGACUUUGGACUGGCCCAGUGCCUCACACCAGGGGAAGAAUACAGAAGUCUGUGUGGCACCCCCCAAUACAUCGCCCCUGAGGUGAUAAACUACGAGCCCCUGAGCAUAUCAGCAGACAUGUGGAGUAUAGGUGUUAUCACUUACAUCAUGCUGAGCGGUAUGUCCCCCUUCCAAGGAGAUACAGAUGAGGAGACGCUAAGAAAUAUCGUCGGGAUGAACUACGAAUUUGAAGACCUGUAUUUUAGCCAGACUAGUGACAUGGCCAAAGAUUUUAUUCAGAAGCUUCUGCUGAAAGAUCCAAAUGAGAGAAUGACAGCCGAAGAGUGUCUGCUACAUCCCUGGAUCAAGCCCCUUACACGAAAACAGGCAGCCAACAGAAGCCGCUCAUCGAUCAACAUGAAGAACUUCAAGAAGUUCAACGCCAAGAGGAAGUGGAAGAUGUCCUAUAACAUGGUGUGGGCCUGUAAUCGACUAUGUCGCUUGAAACUGCUGUGCAAGACCAGUGCCAAGCAAGACGAAGAACUGAGAAAGUGUGAGAGUGACCAGGAAGACACUGAAACAAAACCAGCCUCCCUUAUUCGCCGCAGACUCAGUAGCAAUUCAUAGAAAUCACCACAAGGGGGAGCGCCAGCUGAACUCCUCUUGGUCAGUGAUGUAUGACUCAGUGCAUAACAUUGCAUUGGUCUGGAAUGGGGAAAAGACUACCUGAAAGACAUGGAAAAAAACUGUUUAUUCUGUCAUUAAUGCACUAUUAUGUGGUGAUUAGCUUUGUCCCUUAGAGGUGUGACAUUUCAAAGUUUAAAUUAUAUACAGUCAUCUCCAGAUUCUCCUGCUACAAUGCAAUGUUUCUGAAAGUGCCACCGUCAAUAAAAUCUGUGGCUGGUGACUGCUUUGGAAAAAUAUGCAUUCUCAAACAUCAAUUAAAGUAAAAAAAUGUGUGAUGGUAUUGUGACAGGGAUGUGUAACAUCUUCAACCUUUCAUCUUGUGUGACCUUUGCUGUUUUUAUAAAGACAGCUUUAAGAUGUCACAACUGAGCAGUUUGCAUUUCAUGUUUCUUUUUUACCUCCUUGAAUUCCACCUUAAUGAUGCAACCACAACAAAAAGACCUUCAUCUGACAAAUACAGAGGAACACUUAUGAAUGAGCUGCCUAAAACAUUAACAUGGGUUCACUGAGAUCUUCUCAUUAUUGCCAAAAACAUCUGAGGAAUAAGAUAGAGAUGUUUACCUCCCAGCACUUAUUCAGUGCCAGGGCUUACUCAGUGCAACCCCUGUGUUUCGGUAUCUCAGAAAUGCAUAUUUAACACUGUUUAAAUAUGAAGGGAUACUUUAUUCUAAAGCUUUGAGUUACUUGAAAUUAAGUUACUUGAAAUGUUUGUGCAGUAGGGUAAAUAGCUUUGAAUGAAGUCUGGGUUUUUUGUUGAGUAAAUUAAUUAAAGGUCUGAAAUCUAAGUGUCAAAUAGAGAUCGGUUCCAUCAGUAGCAAUAAUUUCAUCACUGAAUGUAUUAAGCCUCCUCCCUUGUGUGUGUGUGUGUAGGUGGGGUUGGGGGGAUCUCAGUGGAACCCAGUGUAGCAGUGUUGUGUUUUUACUUUAAUGAUGAUCAUAUUACAGUAUUUAUUUGCCUUGCAGAUGCCUUUCUACAGGGAAACAUACAUAGUUUACAUUUGACAAACUAUCCAUCCAUGCAGCUAUACAGAUUGAAACAGUUCAGUAACUGAAAUGUUGAUGUACCUUGCUUACGGACACUCCUCCAUGUGGAAAACCAGCUCGCAAACUUGGGUGAUCAGCCAUUAUCCAGCUAUCCAAGCCUCACGUGCCUCUAGUCUCUAAACUCAUAUACCGAGUGAGGCCUUCACCCAGUCUUUAACAUGAAGUCAAACUAGCACUGUGCCAAGGAGAUAAUGACAUAAAGCUAAUAACUCACUCGACUGAAGGGAAAUGGUGAAGGGGUCCAUUUCUAAAUACAGGAUAUUAAAGGCCAGUGACCCUUGCUUUUAGAUAUUUUUAAGCGGUUGAUUA